UUAAAUACCUUUUCCUUGGACCUGGUUCAUAUGGGAAGACUUGUAAGUGAACCAAUUUUCGCGAUACUUACAAGAGAGUGACGACACAGAGCAUUCUCGUUUUUACUCACUUGCACUUGCAUUUGGAAAGAUUGUGUCGGGCAGAUAGGCAUUCCUUAUCAAUUGAGCCUCAGGGCAUUGAGACCCGGAAAACCGACUGCAGUUUCGGUCUGACUCUCCUCGCGGCAUUGUCAUGAUUAUCAUCGUAUUUCUGAUUAUUUUUGCGGCUGCUGCCGCCUUUGGAUUGGUAUUCCUCCUUCCAUUGCUACUCAGCGGUGCUUGGAUAGUUGCCCUGCUCAUCGCUUGGCUUUGGCAACGCCACCACUUCAGCCACUGGCGACGCUUGGCUGUUCCCUACAUUCCGGCCACGCCCUUUGUGGGCAAUGUGUGGCCACUAUUGCGCGGCGACUGUUGUUUUGGCGAUCAGUUUCGGGAGCUUUACGAAAGCCAAGAGGCUGCCGACCACGCCUAUGUGGGAAUUCACGUUCUGCACAACCAUGCGGUGCUACUAAGGGAUCCCGCGCUGAUCAAGCGCAUCAUGGUCGAGGACUUUGCUCAGUUCUCCAGCCGGUUUGAGACCACAGACCCCGUGUGCGACACCAUGGGCUCCCAGAAUCUGUUCUUUUCCAAACACGAGACCUGGCGGGAGACGCACAAGAUCUUUGCCCCAUUCUUUGCGGUGGGUAAGGUACGUCAGAUGUAUGGACUACUGGAACACAUUGGCCUCCAGCUCGAGGAGCACAUGGAGCUGCAACUGGCGGGCAGAGACAGCAUGGAGCUUGAGGUUAAGCAGCUGUGUGCCCUCUUCACCACGGAUAUCAUUGCCUCGCUGGCGUUUGGCCUGGAGGCGCAUAGCUUGCAAAAUCCGGAGGCUGAGUUCCGACGCAUGUGCGUUGAGGUCAAUGAUCCGCGCCCAAAGCGCCUCCUGCAUCUCUUUACAAUGUUCUUUUUCCCGCGACUAUCUGGAAGAGUACGCACGCAUCUCUACUCCGACGAGUACGAACGCUUCAUGCGCAAGUCCAUGGACUUUGUUCUGGCCCAGCGCGAGGCUAGCGGCGAAAAGCGCCACGAUUUGAUCGAUAUAUUCCUGCAGUUGAAGCGUACGGAGCCACCGAAUAGUAAAAUCCAUCGUCCGGAUUUCUUUGUGGCCCAGGCAGCAUUCCUCCUGUUGGCUGGCUUCGAUACCUCCUCGUCCACCAUAACCUUUGCCCUGUACGAGCUAGCUAAAAGCCCUGCCAUACAGCGUCGACUGAGGGAGGAACUUCGUGAGGCUUUGGAGUCGAGCAGGAAUCAGGGUCAGCAGCUGAACUGUGACAAUGUCAAUGGCUUUGUUUACCUGCGGCAGGUGGUUGACGAGGUCCUGAGACUAUAUCCACCCACAGCAUUCCUAGAUCGCUGCUGCAAUUCUGCCGAAGGCUAUGAUCUCUCGUCGUGGAACUCGGGCUCCAAAAUGAAAAUGCAGGCAGGCACGCCAGUCUACAUAUCGGUAUUGGGACUCCAUCGGGAUAAGCAGUACUGGCCAAACCCUGAUCGCUUUGAUCCCGAACGCUUUGCAGCCGAGCAACGAAAACAACAUCAUCCCAUGACAUAUCUGCCAUUUGGCGCUGGCCCAAGGGGCUGCAUUGGAACUCUGUUGGGUCAGUUGGAGAUCAAGGUGGGUCUCCUGCACAUCCUGAAGAACUUUCGCGUGGAAAUCUGCGAUAGAACUCUGCCCCAAAUGAGAUUCGAUCCCAAGGCCUUUGUCCUGACAGCUCAUGGAGGUACUUACCUUCGAUUUGUAAGGGAUUCUCUGUGAAAGGUUAAUUCGGUGAAAAACGGCCCACUUUUCAACAAAAUGUUGUGGCGAAAAGGCGAAAGUUAGCUUAAUGAAAUUAAAUACCAUUUAAUAACACAUUUGAA